UUCAGAUGAACAAAAUUAGGAAAAGUGCGGGUUUGAAAUGUGAUUUACUGGCUAAGUGUGAGUUUUUCAACGCCGGUGGCAGCAUUAAAGAUCGGAUAGCUCUUCGUAUGAUUGAAGAAGCAGAGAGGAAAGGAGUCUUGAAACCAGGAUCUACUUUGAUAGAACCUACGUCUGGGAAUACAGGUAUCGGGCUAGCUUUAGUCGCAGCGGUCAAAGGUUACCGCUGUAUCAUCGUAAUGCCAGACAAGAUGAGUAAUGAGAAAGUGUACGUACAGCGAGCACUCGGUGCCGAGAUUGUCCGAACGCCCUCAUCGGCGAGGUACGACUCACCCGAGUCACACAUCAUGGUUGCUCAGAGACUCAGCAGGGAAAUUCCCAACUCAGUCGUCUUGGAUCAAUACAGAAAUGCAGGGAACCCGCUGGCUCAUUAUGAUACAACAGCACAGGAGAUUUGGGACCAGUGUGAAGGACAGCUUGAUAUGAUUGUAAUGGGAGCAGGAACUGGAGGUACCAUGACUGGUAUUGGUCGCAAGAUGAAACUAUUGAAUCCACAUAUUCAGAUUGUAUCCUUUGACCCACACGGGUCACUUCUGCAACCUGAUUCCAUUGAUAAACCACACGUGGAAUCGAAAAGCUUCGAGAUCGAAGGAAUUGGUUAUGAUUUCGUUCCUACCGUCUUGGAUCAAACUUUGGCUAGCGGAUGGGACAAAUGUGACGACGCAGAAUCCUUCUUGAUGGCUAGGAGGUUGAUAAAGGAGGAAGGUUUGCUAUGUGGUGGAAGUGCUGGAGCGGCGGUAACCGUAGCACUGAGAGCAGCAAAGUCACUUAAAGAGGGUCAACGAUGUGUUGUCAUUUUACCCGAUUCUGUCAGAAACUACAUGACGAAGUUUCUAUCUGAUGACUGGAUGAAAGAAAAGGGUUUUAUGGAGGCCGAGCCAGAAAGCACCGAACCAGAAAAAGCAUGGUGGUGGCAUAAACCAAUAUCAGUCUUGAACAUCAAGAGCCCCAAGACAAUCGUCUCUUCAGCGACUUGUCAGGAAGCAGUUGGUACUAUGCGACAGGGUGGAUUCGACCAACUUCCGGUUUCUGAUGAACCAGGGAUCAUUAUUGGCGUUGUGACUCUUGGGAGUAUAAUGUCACACGUCUUUGGCUCACGAAUCCAGCCAGAAACAUUAGUUAAAGAAGUCAUGUACAAGCAGCUGAGGAAGGUUGGCAUCUUGACCACUUUAGGGAAGUUAUCCUUAAUGCUGGAUGGUGAUCAUUUCGUGUUGGUGUCAAGAAGUGAAUCAUCAAACAUUGAAACAUCAAACAAUGGAUAUGAUGCUGCUCCUAUAAAAGAGACGAUAGUUGGAAUUCUAACUCGAAUUGAUCUCCUCAACUACAUCACUGGUCAUCGCUCAUGAGCCGUCCGAACCUCAUCUUAGAUAAUUGGUGAUUUAAUUAACAGACUAUUCAAAAUAACGUCAAUAACUGUUAACUUUUAAUUAGAUCUGCAAUCUACACAAUGGCAACCUGGGAUUAUUUCGUUCUGGGU